UGUGUGUGUGUGUAUUCUCUUUACAUAUUAAUUACUGUACGUAUAACCUCAUUUGAAAUAAUUAGUAUAUUUACUGCUUGGAAAUGUCAGACUACUACUGUGUUGAAUUUUUUAGUGAAGUGCUAUGUAAUGAAAUCUAACAAGAGCGAUGUAAUUGAUACGCUGCAAAGAGAACGCGAUCUAACGGACAGGCUGGACAGAUUCCGCAGGCGAGCUAGAUGUCAUUGUGGAAAAGACGUACAGUUUUGUGAAUUCGGCUGUGAUCCUACUGAUUGCUGUAUUGUCGAUAGUCUUAAUGAAGCUAAAUGUUUUCCCGGUGAUGUUCGUCUUCUACUGGACAACGGCAACUACAUGGAAAUGAGGGAUCUUAGGUCAGGGCAUCGAAUUCUAACAGGUCUGUACGUUCCAGUGACGGACGCAGGGACUCUAGUGGUGGACGGAAUGUUUGUGUCGUGUUAUUCUUUCAUACAACACGACCUCGCUCACCUCUCCACGGUCCUCUACCGUUCGUUUCCAUGGAUACUGGAACCAUGGCAGCAAGAUGGUUUUAGUCCAUUUCUGUCAAGUCUGCAGUAUUUGGGAACUGUAAUUCUACCCAAAAGUGUCCUUAGACUAGGCUAAAUGUUUGGUUCCACCCAAGGCCGGAUCGAAGGACAAACAUAAAUGUAAACACACACAGGUUAUGUUAUAAAAGGUAUAACUUCAUGUAUCUUUUAAAUAUUUAUAUUUGAAACUCUUAAGAUUGUAAUCGAUUUUGGGUUGAGCACUGCAAGUAACCUUGCACAGUAUAUCAAACACGCUACUAUUUAUUUCCUUGAAAAUAUGUAGACAAGUUUUGUACAAACAUUGUAUUGUCCUUAUAUUCCACGAAAUGCCUUGUUCAGCGGAAUGUGCGUAUGUGGUAAACGUGAAGUGAAUACGUGUGUAAAGUGUAUUUAAAAAAACAACCAUUAUCGUAGCA